CUGAUUCUCGACUGAGAGUCCAGAAAAACCUUACUUAAAAUAGAGAAACUAGUCUGCUCUUCUUUUUCUAAUGUUUAUCAAUUAUUAAAAAUAUUUUACGAAAAAAAUAUUAUGUCUGAAUUAUCAUGCUUUGACUGUACAAAAUUACAAACCCAGGUGAUAGAAAAAGAUCUUGAGAUUAAAAAACUUACUAUUCAAAUUCAGAAUUUAACGAAAAGCUUAAAAUUUUACGAAAGUCGAUCUUGUCAUAAAUGCUAUUGCUUGAAGGACGUUAAAACUGAAUUAAAUGAAAAGUGUGCAUCGAAUGACAAAAGAAUUAGUUGCGAGAUUGCACCUGUUGUUUUUUCACCAAAAUUUGAAGAAACUGAAAAUUCAAAUACAUUAGAAGAGUCUAAUGUGAAGGAUGAUAAUGAAAAUGUUGAUGAUACCGAAACUACUAAUAAAUUUAAAUCGUCGGAUGAGUAUGUAUAUGAUGACAACUACAAAAUGUAUUACUGUGUAUCUACUGGAUAUUAUUAUGAUAGGAACACGAGUUUAUAUUACGUUCCACAAAAUGGCGCUUAUUAUACUUAUGAUUAUUCUGAAAAUGCUUAUGUCUUGUAUGAGGGACACAAAAAUGAUACUGGCCUCAAUAGAAGUGAAAAACAAAAUCCUGUGUCCGAAGUUGGUGACAGUUAUGUUGAUGACAGAAAUAAAGAAAUUGAAAAUGGAAGUACUAAAACCGAAGAUUCUUGUGAAUCUGUUGUUGAUCAAGUAAAUAAUCUGAAUAUUAAUGAUAUUGAUUGUAGUAGCAACAGUGUUCUUCCUCAAAUAGCUACAAAUCAUAUGCUUACAGAAACUUGUGAUGUGAUUAAAGAGGAGAAAACUUAUUUGGAAUCUCAAAAAGAGGAAACUUUCAAUGAAGUUUCGAAUGUUUGGGGAAUGCCUGUGGGGUCCAAACAAACAAUUCAUGAUCUAGUUAGAGAAGUUGCUGAGCAAAAUAGUGGAAUAUCAGAUUACAUUUAUGAUGAAAAAUAUCAGAUGUAUUAUAGCACAUCCACAGGCUAUUAUUAUGAUGCUAUAAGAAAACUUUUGUAUGAUCCACAAAGUGGAAUUUAUUAUAAAUAUGAUGAAGAUACAUCUUCUUACGAUUUCUAUUAUCAAGUAGAUUUAAAUACUAUUGAAACUGCGAAAAAAUCCAAGCAAGAAAAUGUAAAAGUCAAAGCCAGACGAAGGUAUUGGAGAAAGAAGUUUAAUGUUGAUGAAGAGAAAUGUUCUGAUUCUACUAAAUAUUCUGUAAAAAUUGAUGAACAAGAAGGAAAUUACAGCUCUCCAGAAGAAGGGGAACUCUUUUCUUCAGAAUCUGAUCAAGAAUCUGAUCACCAUUCAGAAACACAUCCAUUUUUAGAGAAUUCAUCAGAUAAUUAUUCACCCUGUAUUCGAGCAAUUGUGAAGGAAUCAACUAAGUUAAAGAUUGGUACAUUACUUCUUAUAACUUGUUCAGGAGCAAUUAUUGGAAGAGAUAAAGCGAAUGAUGUUUAUAUUCCUGAAAUUGGCGUUAGCAAAACUCAUGCUGAAGUUUCAUUUAAUAAUGAAUUGUGGAAGUAUGUUAUCAAAGAUCUUGGUAGUCAGAAUGGAACAUUUGUGAACGAUUCUAGGCUGUCAGAGCCUAAAGAAUUAAGUUCACCUUGUGUCCUAAGUCACAGGGAUAUCGUUUCGAUCGGAGACUGUAAACUUAUGUUUCACAUACAUGUUGGCCAUGAAACCUGUGAUGAAUGUGAACCAGGUCUGGUGAUGGCAGAAAAAUCUUUAAAAGCAGAGAAAUCUUCAGUCUACAAAACCAAAGAGGAAAAAGAAAAAGAGAGGAGGCAAGAAGUUCGAAGACUUAAGAAAAAAUAUGGCCUUCAAAGUAUGGGAUAUGAGGAAGUGAAAAACUCUACAAUAUCUGGUUAUGAAGACAAAGCAGAGGUUCGACGUAAAACAGUUGGAAGUGAAAAUCCUUAUGAAAAAACAGAAGCAUCAUCUUUAGAAAGGUCUGUGAAUGAGUCCAACAAAGGCUAUCAAAUGCUGAAGAAAUUGGGUUGGAAAGAAGGAGAUUCCCUAGGUGUCACAGGACUUGGAAUAUCAGAACCUGUACCUCUACGGCCAUGGUUGUCUAAAGCUGGAUUGGGAUCUUCAGAAGAACAUCAGACAUCAAUGCUCACAGUAGCUCAAGACAAAAGAAAUAAAAAAUGGGUUUUAGCUCAAGAGAGGUUCCUAAAACUAACGUGACUCUUUGGUGAUGACAAUUUAUUCCUUUUCAACACGUCAUCAGAAGUGCCUCCAAUUGCCGAGAGUUUUUACCUAAUAUUUAAUAUAUCUGUUGUGAACAAAAUACAUGAAUUCUAUUUAAAAUAAAAUUGAUUUUUGUACUUUC